UUCGGAACAGUUAAAUUGGAACAGAAACUGAGGUGAUUCGGAGAAAGAAGAAGGUUCAAGGAAUCGUCAGUAAUCUUUCAUCAAUGGCUUUUGGCCUUUUACCAAAUUAGGAUUCAAAUUUCAAAAGUCAGCGAUGGUUUAUGAGUAGAGAGAGUGAACCGUUACUUCAACCCGGUUAACAUAUAACCGGUAUAAAGCAAUUGAAUUUGAAACGACACUUGAAGAAUUUAUUUCUUCACUGUUUUAUUACAUCUUCUUCGCCUUCCUCUCCUAAACGAAGUAAGAAAAGUCACUCAUGGCGUUUCAUCUCCUCAGAUCAAAACAGAGGUUCCACUUGAACCCAAUUCUGAUCCGUAUUUUCUCAACGUCCUCAUCAAACCUAUUCUCUCAACUCGUCGACCGGCCGAGGAAAUAUUCAGGCGAUGUUUUUGACCGAUUUGCUAUUCGUCCAUAUCGGAGAGAGAAAGCUGAUGAAAUACAAAGCAGAGUUUCAAUAACAGACCAGCCAAAGGAAGAAAAGAGGAGGAGACCUGGAAGACCCAAGAAGAAACAACUAGUAGAGAAGAAACCACCAAUGGACGAAAAGAAAAGCAGAGCUGCAAGUAUAGGAAGGAAAACGUUUACUGCUUUAGGUAGCUCUUCAUGGAAUGCACUCAAGAAUCAUUCAGAUUACAUAUGCAGUGUGAUGCAUGCAAUGGAUGUUUUAAAUGGUCUACCUAGAGUGAAGAAGUGGUCGCCUUUAUACCGUGCAUCCAUGGAUCAUCUGAUGGCUGAUGUAACUCACCGACAAGCCUUUUUAACAUUCUCUGAUCCUGAGGAUAUGAUUCGGUACUUGAGGUAUAAGACCAAAAAAACGGAAAGAGAAUGAUUGCUAUAUGCCUUGG